AUGUCUGAAGAUCGUGUUCAUGACCAUGAAGAUGAUAAGUUCGAUCCGAAAAUAGCGGUUCCUCUUUCCCCAAUCUCCUCCAAACUAACCACGCGAGCUCACGACCUGCCUAGCCCUUUCAUCACGAAGUCCGUCCAGACCUUCUACUUUCCAGGCAGAUCCGUAGAAACCGUCACCAGCAACACAGAACUUCCGAAAUGUGAGCCUGUUCCGAUCAUAGCCAAUAAAAGUAAGAGUCUCAACGAUUUCAGACUGAAACCGGACUUCAAAAGUGAGAUCAUAGCCUGGCUUGAUGAUACCAGCGAUCCUAGAAUUAUAGAAAUAAAAGACAUUGUGUUAAGGAAUUUAAAGUUCAGGUUACAGGGAGUACCUGUAACUGGAGACGAAAAGAAGAUUAAAGUGAAGGUAGGUGAUUGUUUAAAGACUAAAAAAAGAGUUUUAAUAGAGCCAUCAAGUAUUAAAGUUAAUAAAAAGGAACCUAUUAAUUCUACCGAAAGCCAAAGUGCAAUGAAAUUCAAACAAUUUGAUAAGAACGAAUUUAAAGUUGCUGUAGACGAAUGGUUAAAUAACGUUUCUAUAAAGAAACAGGACAUUCUAUCGAAGCCAGUGGAAGAAGCACAGAAUUUAAAUACCUUUGUUGAUAGAAUUAAAUAUUUAGCAUUCGUAAAAUCAAAACUCUGCAGUGAACAGGCGAUUAGAACAGAGAUUUUGGGAAUUCUUGAUGAGGUAAUAGUUGAAAUCAAUGCUUGUGAUAAGGCAGCUUUCCUUAACAAACUUACAGACGCUUUGAUGUGUAAAUUAGACAAUGCUUUACUGGGGGAAAUAAAAACUAAACCUAGUACGUGUAACAAAUCUAAUGUAAAUCAAGCUAUUGAAAAAGAAACUAAAGAUUUACAAACUCAAAAAGUUCUCAAUCCGGAUUUGAUAAAGCAAACAAUAGUAGAUUUAGUAGAUAUUUUAAAAGAUUCGGUAAAUAAUAACAUUGGAUUCGAAGAAAUAGCUUCUACACUUUAUAAUACAACUAAGUUCGAGCCAGAAGAAAUUUUACCUCAACGAAUGGAGAAACGUAGAAAAAAGCUUGCUAAGAAAACUUUUAAUACACAGCCAUUAACCGUUUUUAUGGUUCAGAAUUUGUCAAGAAAUUAUGUUUCUAAAACAUCAGAUAAAAAAGUGUCGUCUCAACACAGUAUUGGCUCGAUCUUGGAUAGGGAUAUCGAGGAAAAUUUAAUCAAUUUCAAAACACAACUGGCUCAGCAGAUUGACCAAUGGCUUACAGAUUUUGCAAUGUUAAAAGCAGAAGAUACAGAUUUUAGACGAGCAGUAAUUCUUGACUUAGCCAAUGAUAUAGUUGAGAGACAAAAAUAUUUGGAGUUCAACAAAAAUAAAAACUCAUCUAUAGAUGAGCUUGAACAUUUAAAGUAUUUAAUAUUUAAAUGGAUGAAAAGGUAUGUCGGUGAAGAGAAUAUGGAAACUGUACAUCAUGCUGUACAAUUGAUGGAAAUGAUAAGGAAUAUACCCGUACCAAUGUUGAGCAGAUCCCGAGUCCUAUUAAAAAAAUCUAGCAGUUAUUUAUGUUGUAAAAAAGCCGACUGUGAACCUGGUACUUCUGCUGACACUAGCAAAGAAAGUGUACAAAAUUCUAAAUCGGAUUCUGGUAUACAUGAUAGAGAGUCAUUAAGUUCAGCACCUUCAUUUAUUGUGAUAGAUAGUGAACCUCUAUCUAAAAAAAAGAAUAAUGACACGAUAAAACAAAAAGAUCCAAAGUCACCAGUUAAUCGAUCGAAUAAACCUGACCUAAGUUUUAAUGCAGAUAAAAUAAAUACCGAAAAUGUUGUUCAGAAUAAUGUGGGCCAAUCUAGCUGUGUAAAUAAAGAAGAGCAUUCUAGCCAAGAUAGUUUCGUAUCAAGCAGAUCUCAGGAUGAUUAUCAUGAAUCCAAUAGCGAUACACGCUGCAAAGACCAUAUGCCCGCACCUGGUAUUUCUAUUAGCAUUACCAAAGAUGACGUAAAUACAUCAAACGUAACACGAAAGAAAAAUCAAAAUGAUUCUAUAUAUACGAACUAUGUAAUACAUAACAUCAGCAAGAACACAAGUAAUAGAAGAGAUAAACCACGAGAAGAAACAAACGAAGGAAAUAGUUCAAUGAUUAAGAAGAAAUUAAAUAAAACACAAGAUUCAAGCAACGCUUCUAAGGUUUUUGUAUCUUGCGAAAGUGUUAAAUGUGCGCAAAAUAAAAAUGAUAGCGCUAACAAAAUUAAUCCUCAACCAGGACCCUCUGGGUUAGUGACUCCAGUACCUCCUCAUUCAGGUAGGCCAUCCAGUGCAGCUGACCAGCUUAUGGCAGAGUGGCGACCACAUCCAGUGUUCACUCCGCCGGAGCCUGGACGACCCCUACUCGAUAAGGUACAAGAAGAAUUUAAAGAAUACCUCACGAACUGGUGUGAACAAAUCCCGAUACCUGCCAAUACUUGCAACGAGAUUGAAGUAGCAGCAAAACUGAGAUUAGGCAUUUUGAAUGGCAUUUGGAGAACGAUAACGAUAUUAAAAGCGCAACCGGCGGUGUUUCAGAACAAAUUUUACUAUGAAGAUGUAUUAGGGAAAGAGAUAGAUGGAUUAUUAGAUUGUUUACCGCAAACACACGAGUUACAGGAAAAAAAGUACCCCCUUAAAUCACAACUUCUCGAUAAGAUAUCAGAAAUGAAUGAUUUUAUUAAAGAGACUGAAACUCCUGAUAAUUAUAAGGAAAUGGUAGCCCGGAAAGCUGAACUUUUGAAAGAACAGAAAUUAAGGAUAAUCACCAGAUUAGACCGCGAGCCUCCAGCGAAAAUAUUUGAAGAAAUGCUGAAGUACUGUACCCUAGACGAUUUUUUAAGGAAAAGCAAUUAUAAAGAGACCAAUGAAAUGGUAGGAAAAGCGUAUAAAAACAAGUUAUUGCAAUCGAUUCAGGCGUACAUAGAUGAAUUUAAGAAAACUCAUGAUGGCAAAGAAAUGGAAGAACUUUUCGGUGUCUUUAAAAAAUGCGAUAUCUUUGAAAAACUUGGCAAAGUUCCCUUGCCGACAGAAGACGAAAUAAAGGAAAAUGCUGAUGAAAUUCUUCUGGGACUUGAAAUUGAGGAGUGGGUGAAAGAUUUGCCGCUAAUUAAGAACGACGAACCAAAUGAACAGCGUCAACGUGCAAGAUUAAGGGAUGCGUUGACGAAAAAAAUAUAUGAAAUGGGAAAAAGUCGAGUCAACAUUGCUAACUGUUGCGAAGAUACUGAAAUGAAGCAUGAGAUUUCUUACUUUCUAGAUAUGGUUCCACUUGAAAAAGAUCAAGAUUUGAACAUCAACAAGAUGGUAGACGAGCUUACCAAUAGAUUAAAGAACAGACAUGGCGGCGGUAGAAGAAAAUCGGUAGCAUUUCAAGAUAGGAGUCGAUUACUAAACAGAAGUGAGUAUACUCUCGAAUCUCCAGCAUCGGAUAUUUAUUCACCUUCAUUCCAAGGCGACGAGGAUGCUCAAUAUCAAAGCAUUUUUAAAAAUCCUCCUCUAUGCUCCACUAGAAUUGGGCAGACAGGCGAAUGGGACUUGAGUGACGAUCAAGACGCUCAAUACAGGGCCAUGUUUAAAGACGGCGUGCCGUGUUCUUCAAUGAUCGAGCCACAAGCUGGCUACGGCCCAGGCUCGCCUAUGGCACCAGAUUUUCGCCAUUCAUAUGGUCAAGCGCAACAUUUUGAUUACCCUCCAAGGCAAUUUAACGAAAGCGCUCGAAGUGGUUAUUCUGUGCGUGGUUCGGUAGAAUAUCCUGAUGUAAUGGGACACCCAAGGACGCCUCAACAGGGCUCACAAUCACCAGGGCUCUACAAAAGUGUAGCAGUAAUGCCGAACAUUCCACCAGACAGCCAGUUCCAAUCGUUACAGGGAAGUAGAAUGUCUGGUGCAGUUCCACCAGAUAUCCAGUUCCAAUCGUUACAGGGAAGUAGAAUGUCAGGUGCAGUUCCACCAGAUAUCCAGUUCCAAUCGUUACAGAGAAGUAGAAUGUCUGGUGCCGUUCCACCAGGUAUCCAGUUCCAAUCGUUACAGGGAAGUAGAAUGGCUGCUGCAGUUCCACCAGAUAGCCAGUUCCAAUCGUUACAUGGAAGUAGAAUAUCUGGGGCACCUUGUCAAGGUCCGAGAAUGACGGGACAAUUUAAUCAGUCACGGGGUGUAGGAUGGAUACCGCCAGAGGAAGCAUCAGGUUUAGUAUCGGUCCGUGAUGAUCUUUCACCCCAAAUGUUGCCUCCACUGCAGCGUUUCUCAAAUGAACCACCUGCCUUUUCACAUCACAUAUCACAAGCAGAAAGAUCUGCAGCCCAAGGGUUUGUACCAAUGACAAGCUACGGACACAGGGAGCCACAAGGAUUUAUUUCGAUGGCUUCCGAUAGACCAGGUGAAAUACAGCCUGCUUCUUACCGUUCAUUUCCUCCAAAUGAAUUCAUGCAGCCACAACCUGCCGCGUUCAUUCCCGAAGAGUCUCGUUGCUCAAGAAGAUCAAAACCAGUAUCAAUUAUUGAUCCUAGUAUGCGACAAGGAACAGUUAUGGAUCCUAGUAUGCGACAAGUAUUACCAGACGGCAGUGUUGAAAUUGAUCAUAGUGUGGGACGGGGACCAUUUGAUGUAUCAAUUGAGGUUCAUGAAGCGCCUCGUUCACGUCGGGAGGUACAAGAUGGAUCAGAUCGAUUUGUGUCAAUGGUUAGCCAACAACGACAGAACAGGUCUGUUCGGCAACCGAUCCAAAACCAACCCUGUAUAAGAAUUACUUCAGCUAGAGAUCGAACUGAUCUCGAUGAAAUUCAAGAGGUACCAAGCAGGAGCGCCCACUUGUCUCAUAUUCAACAACCCGAACCAGGUCGCCAGUCUUCACGUCAACCAACCGAUAGAAUGGAAGCGGCCAGCAGAGAGCCCUCGUCUCCUCAGAGAGCUAGAUUAAUAGCUUCAAACGCGCCUUCUACAGAAAUAAGCAACCAGCCUGGCUUUUAUUCAACUCCGAACCAACAAAGCCAUCCACCUCCUCAUAACAUAAGAGAGCGAAGGCAGUUAGAAAAGGAAAGGGUUGCGGCGAGACGAGUUGACAUGGACGCAGAUGAGGCCGACGAAGGCGAGGAAAGGUGUCACUGCCGGCAAAGAUUUAAGCAAUGGAAGGGACAUAAUUGCCAGACUUGUGAUGACUGUUUACAAGGAAGAUUCCAUCCUUACCUGUACCCGUUUCCGUAUAUGUAUCCGCCGUAUGGAAGACAUCCGCCGCCGCCAUAUUGUAGAAGAUAAAUAAUAAAGAAGUUUGUAUAAAAACGCUUCAAACGCAUACAAUUUUGGAAUAAAUAACCAAUCGCCGUCUCCUCACAAUGUAAUCUGGGGUCUACCGCGAAAAUCUAAAAUCGAAAAUUCGUUAUCCUGCUACUGUGGCUCGAAUAUGGAAAAGUGGUAGAGAGGCAGAUGGUCUACCGCGAACCACGUUCUACGUGUUGCCUCCCUGUCACACUUACGUACGAAUCUACAAGUGCGACAGAGAGGCAACACGUCGAUCGUGU